GUUGAGCUGACCGGCGAAUGGUCGCAGGGCUCUGGCACGCGCCAUGGCUGGCAUAGCAACGGGAUGUUUCCGCGGUGUCCGAGCGUCAGUACCAAUAGCAAGCAUGACAAGCAGAAGAUUCGUUUCGCCGCGUUCUGUGUGCCACGCCACAAACGCCCCUCUACGUGGCGUCGUCAUAUCAAACACGACGCGAUCGACCUCGCGAUGUGUGUUUUAGCUCAUGCGUGUCCUUUUCACGUCAAGGGACCCAGCCCAUGCCACCACAGCAAUUUAGGAAUCAAUGCGCUGUAUGGAGUCGAUGCGUCGAAGGAGCAGCUGGACCCACCCAUGCCAAGCCUCGAUAGAUUCCAUGCAAGGGGGGGACAUGUGGAAAGCCAUGGUGCAAAGCGUAUCCAGACCAGAGCUACAAUACGUAGUACGCUCGAUCCAGCCUCCAACAUCGACGUCUCGGAUCACGUGCUCCACCCUUCAAACCCACCUCGUCCACUUGACCAGUCCUGCCCCUACCGGCAGCCACGCAUGCGCUGCAUUGGCAUCCCACGAACGCCGGCUCGUCCAUCGCCCCGCUCCGCCUUCGCCGUGAGCCACUUGGGUCGUCUCCAAUCGUCGGCGUCGGAGGCCCGUGCAAACGUUGAAGCGGAUGGCGUUCCUGCCACGAAGAGCCAAUCAAAUCGCUCCAUAUCACUUGUCAAGACCGUCCAUCCGCCAAUGAAAUCGCAGGAACAACUCAAGGUCACCUUCACCGCGCGCGUCAAAUUACCAUUUGUGGCGGCGUCGCGACACCCACGACGGACCACACGCCUUGGCGGCAAGGGCGCACGAGAGCAGCACCAUGGAUAGCGUCGGUGCGACCGCACGAACUCCCAGUCGCAUGAGCCACAGACUCGCGUAUGAUGAAGAGACCCUCCCUGUCCUCCAUCACGCCGAAGCGAUGCAUGUAGCCGCGGUGCUGCCUGCCACUACCGCCGGCAAGUACACCAAGAUCGCCGUCUACGGGGCCGUCAACGCUGUCAUUCUCGUGCCGCUCAUGAUCAGUUUUGCACAAAUCAUUUUCCGCGAUCCAGUAUUCCAGCCCUACUUGUCCGAGCUCGUCAAGCUUACAAUGGUGUCAGGAGCGAUCCAUCAGCUUUGCUUUAGUGUGUCGAGUACGCUGCCGUUUGCAGUAGGGCAAGUGCAGGACGCCGGGUUGAUCUUUCUGUCGGCGAUUGCCAGCUCGAUUGUGAACUCGCUUCAGGUUGCUGCCGACUCGACGACGCGGCGCGACAUGUUGAUGCAAGAUGUGCUGGCGACGACCCUGUUUACAUUGUGUGGGUCGACCGCGCUCCUCGGCAUUGCGCUGGUCGUGACUGGCAAGCUCAAGUGGGCCAGCUUCGUGCAGUACCUUCCAAUGCCAGUCGUGGGGGGGUACUUGUCCUUCAUCGGGUUCUACUGCUUCGAAGCGGGGCUCUCCAUGAUGUCGGGCCAAGUGAUCAACUCGAUCCUGGAUUGGGGCCGACUCACGACGUCGUUGAAGCCGCUGCUGUUGUGCGUACCAGGUAUUCUUGGGGGUGCAUUUCUCUUUGUGGCGACGCAUCGGGUCAAUCACUACACAACGUUGCCGGCGUCGAUGCUGUUGCUUCUCGUGCUCUUUUACUUGUGCCUGUUUGUCUCGGGCACGUCGCUGGAAGAAGCUCGAGCGUACGGUUGGAUUGCGCCACUGCCGAACGCUACCAUGAGCGUACUCGACAUCUACAAGCACUUCAAGCCGUCGCAUGUCCACCCCGAGGUCUUCCUGGAUCAACUGCCGACAUGGAUCGCCAUGUACUUUGUCGUGGCGUUUUCGUCGUCGCUGGAUGUGGCAGCGAUUGAAAUGGCCCUCCACAAACCGCUCGACCACAACGCCGAGCUACAGACCGUGGGCUGGUCCAACUUGGUGUCGGGCCUUUCGGGUGGGUUCACCGGGUCGUACAUCUUUUCGUCCACGAUCUUUUCGAUGAAGUCGGGUGUGGAUAGCCGCCUCACGGGCCUCCUCAUCUUUGCGCUCGAAGUCGCGCUCGUGGCCAGCCCCGUCUCGAUCAUCGCGUACGUCCCGAAGCUGUUUUUCGGGUCGUUGCAGACCCUCAUUGCGAUCGACUUGAUCAUGGAAUGGAUGGUCCAUGCGCGCCACAGCAUGUUUCUUGGCGAGUACGCCAUCUUGUGGUGUACGUUUAUCAUCAUGAACGCGUGGAACUUAGAAGCGGGCAUCGUGCUCGGGAUUGCCGGUGCCGGGUGCAAUUUUAUCGUGUCGUACGUGGGCACGACGAGCGUUCGACCGAUAUCGCGCCAAAGCCUCGUCAAGCGCGACUUCCGCGAACGCACGCUUCUCAUGCAGCAUCGCAAGAGAAUUGUAGUGCUCGAGCUCGACGGGUACAUCUUUUUUGGGAGUUCCGUACACAUCCUGAACCAAGUUCGCGCCCACAUCGUGCUGCCCGACUCGGUCGGAUCGCAGACAACCACGGCCAGUGCCAUGCCCCUCCUCAACAGCAGCAACGCCCUAGACUUGGGACGUCUGCGAACUCGAUUCUUGGUCUUGGACUUUAAACGCGUCCGCGGCAUCGACGUGACGGCCGUCCGCAGCUGCUUCAACGCGACCAAGCAAAUGCUCGAUGAGCACAACAUCACCCUCGUCUUUGCGACGCUCCCAACUAACGUCCAGGGCUUGCUCGACCGUCACCAAGUGCUGGAAGGCUGCCUCGUCUACGCGACGUUGGAAGGCGCGCUCGAAGCGUGCGAAGACGAUUUGCUCAGGAUGAGUGGUGCGACGCCAAUUCACGAUCAAAUGCAAGCGUGCUUGGCUCAGCGUCGCACGGCUGCGUUGCUUGAUGGCUUCUUGCCGCAGGAGGCAAUAGAGCACGACGACGGUGACGAUGGAGCAUUAACCGACGACGUCAUGGCCAAGUACGUCGUGAGCUGCAUGAAACCAGCAGGAGCGAUCAUCUAUGAAAGCGGAUCCGAGGUCCAUGGCUUGUACCUGGUCGGUAAAGGGUCGGUUGAAGUGUAUGUUGGCGCGCAUGGUGGUGCGACCCUCGGGCUAGAAGAACGCACCCGCAUCGUCCGCGUCUCCAGCGGCGCAUGGCUCGGAGACGUCGACAUGGUGCUCAACCGUCGCCACUCGUUUACGGCACAGACAAAGACGCAGUCGCUCAUUUUCUAUUUGGACCAGAUCGCUCUAAAAGAAAUGCGGGUCUACCACCCCCGCCUUGCCGCUCGGUUCGACAAGGCCAUCCUGCAGUCCAUGGCCUUGUGGAUCCUCGAGUCGCAUGUCGCCAUUCGCGUGUAGUGAUCGAUCACAUGGGGCAGAUUCAUAACCAAAAUGUAUUUCGGUCGGAUAUUCGUCGUACA